UUCAGUUUUAAGCAUCUAUAACAUUUAAUGACAAAUACUUGCCAGAUUGCCAAAUAAUUUACACAAAGGACAUUUUCUGACACAUUUAUUGAUAAAAUAAAGAGAAAAAGGACCAGGCGGCCUGUCACCAUAACAGCUCUAUUAACUAGCCUUAGUUAGCUGCCUUAUAUUUAAACACUUUAUAAACAUACAAACUUGGCAUCGCAAAAGCAAGUGAAGUUAACAUAAAUGUAUAUAGCGCUUGAGUACUCCUCUCACCUGUGAAUACAACAAAAAGACAGUCUCAGAUGAAUACCUGCUUCCUUUGCUGCUAUGUGGACCAUCCUUCCUAAAGGUCGGGCUCACUUGCUUCUCAAAGACAAGAAUUACAGCGCCAGUCAUACCAAAGCCGCUACGACCCCCUGUUGGCAAAGAGUAGUAUCGCCCUGCAACUACUUUAGGUGAAAGCAGGAUUCGGUUCCCCACAUCACUCUGUUGGCAUCUGGUGGGGGUCAGAGGGCAGCUGUGGGUCUGGUGGGUUCCCUCGAUCAGAUGGAAAAGGAAGGUCUGUUGGACUGUUUGCUGUACCUGGGAGGAGUUUCUGGAUCAACCUGGUCCAUGUCCUCCAUCUAUAGUGACCCACAGUGGAGCAUCAACAUGAACACAACAGUUUCCAGUUUGUCAGGUCCUGGGGUUGAGCUGGAGGCAGUUUCGGCCUGGUUGGGUGAGAGGGCAAAAGAGGAGCACUUCUCUCUCACUGAUAUCUGGGGGGUCUUGACCUCUGCAGGGAUCAUGAAACAGAUGGACCUACGGCAUCUUUCAGAUGAGGCCAGCAGGAAUACCACCAACCCUUACCCUAUCUACAGCGCCAUAGAGAAGCACUGCUUCUCAUAUGGUCCUACAGAAGGAAAAUGGUUCGAGGUGAGCCCUCACGAGGCUGGUUUCACAGAGUUGGGUCUCUUCAUUGAAACGUCUCUGCUGGGCAGCAAAUUCCAGAGCGGAGAGCUAUUGGAGGAAAUGCCUGAGAUGGAUAUGGUCAAACUACAAGGUGUUCUAGGUUGUGCAUUGGCUCAUGAGGAAACAAUGAUGGUGUUCAUCCCUCCCUGGCUGAAUGUGAUUGGACAGGGAGAUGAUGAUGCUGCUGAAGAGUACCUGCGUGUAUACAAUUCCCUUCAUAAACUAGUUGCCCUGACCAGAAGCACCAUUAAGGAUCCUACUGCUCUGUCUGAACUCGACAAGCUGCAGAAGAUACUAGAAGACGUGAUGAAACAUAAUGCGUCCACGUGGCUUGAGCCAAAAGGUUUAGAGGAAAGAAAACAUCUUUCUGAGCAGUGGAGUAUGGAGCUGCUGGCGGCAGUCGAGACCUGGAGCCAGAGUCUGGAGGACGGAGCUUUCAAAACACAUAUCUCUCUACUUACUAAGAAGGUUCUUCCCAAGAUUAUGGCAUGGGAGUGGGGAACAACCAGCAACUUUCUCUACCAAUACCAAGAUUCAAUGGUUCCAACUUGCCUUCGCUCUCAAGAAAGAUUCCACCUAGUAGACGCUGGGCUGCUGAUAAACGUAGCCUACCCUCCAUUUCUGGGAAAAAAAAGGGACAUUGACCUCAUCAUCGCACCAGAGUACAGCGCUGGAAACAUGUUUGAGACUCUGACUCUUGCCAGAGACUAUGCCGCCGCGGUGAAGAAGCCUUUCCCAGAGAUAGACGACAACAUCUUAGAGGAGAGAGACUGGCCAAAGGACUGCUACGUGUUCGAGGGAAAAGAAAGCGAGCCAUCGAUCAUUUACAUGCCACUCUUUAACAGAAGAAACUGCAAAGAUGCAGAGGAGGCCAAAGCAAAGAUGGAGGAGUUCUCCACCUUCCAGCUUCCCUUCAGCCAGGAGAAGAUUGAGUUUGUAUUUGAGACGGCCAAAGCCAACAUUCGGAACAACAAGGAAACUCUGCUGAGGGAGAUUCACAAGGCUGUUGUCCACCGUCACAAGAGGAAGUCUGUGCUGCCCUAGAUCUCUGAUUUCAUCAUGAUAAUAAUCGGACACUACAUGAGUGUGAGGCUGAGAGAACACAGCAUAACACAACCAAUAUGCAAUCAUAUAAAGCAACGGCAUAUAAUAAUACUCUUUUUAAUGUAAUUAUUUUACGCUAGGUGUCCAAAAGAUAUGGAUACUGCUUUUAUCAUGGCUCUUAGUUCCAAUGAGGGGGGCACAACCAGAUUCCUGUAGCCUACCAUAAAGCAUGAUUUGGGGUUAGCGAGGUUACUUGAAGGUUAACUCUGGGUUUUCACUGGUAGAUGGCCACGAUUACUUGCACUGACUACCUCACCUGUUCCGUAGCAGAUAGAUAGAUCAGCUGGUAUAAAAGCCCCGCCUACUGACCAACCAAAGCUUGGUAGGUUGUACAAUACAUUGGCACGUAAAAAUAUGUCAUGUUUAUUCUGUUGACUGAAAGCCUGAGCAGCGGGGAACUGAAAUGUUUCCUCAUAUGAUCGACUCGGCAAGGACCAGGUUUCAUGACAAAAGUGAAGUAUUCAACUUCCCCAAUCUGUAAUGUAAUCAAAUUAAGUAAAUAAUUGAGCUGUUGCUAUGCCCCUACUAAUAAUCCUGCA